CGCGGAGGGGCCGCCGCUCCGGCAGCUCAUGCCCUCGGUGCCCGGCACUAACGCCCUCCGUGCCUGCCGUCCCGGCAGGUGCCUCUGCACACCCCACACCUCCCCGCUCCGCUGCGCCCUGCGCUGCGCCAGACCAGCUGCACCGCCGUGUCCUGACCGAAGUCUCCUGGGAUGUCACGCCACAGGCACCAACCUGAGCCUGGCGACCUGAUCGAGAUCAAGCGAUCAGGUUACCAGCACUGGGCCCUCUACUUGGGAGAUGGAUAUGUCGUCCACCUGACGUCCGCAGAUGAAGGGAUCCAAUGCCUGUCAGGCAGUAGUGACCCAACACUGAGGAAAAAGGCCAAAGUGAAGAAGCAGCUCCUGAAGGAGGUGGUGGGAACUGAUGACUGGGAGGUCAACAACAAGUAUGACCACUCCUACACCCCCCUCCCAGUGGAGGAGAUCAUCAAGCGUGCUGAGAGCUACAUUGGCAUGGAGAUGACCUAUCGUGUGUUUCGCAAAAACUGUGAGCACUUUGUGACAAUGCUCCGCUAUGGCAAGAGUGUCUCUGACCAGGUCAAGAAAGCAAUUCGACAGAUAAUCUGGUUAGGUGGCGAAAUGGUCGCUUCUGCAGUUGUUGGUGGGGUUGUGGCUGCUGUCACUGUUCCUGUUUUUGGUCCUGCUGGUGCUGCUGCUGGUGUUGUUGUUGCUCGUGCUUCAACUGCUUCUGCUUGUGUUCCUUUGGCUAUCAAAGCUGCGAAGGCCUUGUUCUCCAAGGCAUUCAGGAAAAAGAGAAAGAGCAACUGAUGGGCCAUUUGUAAGACCUCCAAGCAAGGCAGGGAGCCCCUGGCUUUGGGUGGUCAUUGCCCAGUAUUUGCCACACCUGAUACCAAAGACUACCAGCAACUUUGCUGCCCUUCCUGCGAUAAUUAAUAAUUACAAGAAAAUCUAAACAAAUAAACUCAUGUUGACCUAAAUUCCUCUUCUAUCUAUCUGAGUAUAGUUUUGUGUGCAAGUGCAACAAUUCACCCUUACUUCUCUCUUCCAUUCCAUUAAGAAAUAACAAGUCAAGAGUGGAAGGUGAUUGCCAGCAGCACUAGCCUGGUUGCCACAUUUGGUUUUAUUUCAUUGCCUGCAAUGAUUUUUGUGGCAGUCUGGGAGCACUUGAAAGCAAAUUAUCCCUUCCUUCCCCCCACCCUGCCUCCAGUGUUUUGCUGAGGACUGGUGCAGGCUUUCUAUCCAACCUUCCUGUUUUUAUCAGCUGAAUCCUGUGGUCUGUUUCUGUGAAUAUCUGAUUUUAAACCUAACUUUCUGAAAAAGUAAAAUAAAAGUAUUGCUGAGGGUUUACUGUGUGUCCUUCAGCUGAGGGCCUGUUUGGGUGGAAAACUCCCAGUUCCCAGGCCUGCAAAAGGGCAAGCAAGGCAUGUGCAGUGUCUUGGAGCCUGUGCUGCCUGCAGGAUCUAAACUGAGCAGUCCCUGGGAGGAUGGGAGGUAGGAAGGAAGGGCAGAUCCUGUAGGCUGUAUCCCUCAGUGUUUUCAAGGAGUGCUCUGAUUUGGACAGGAUGGUGUUCCAUUCAUUUUUUUUCCUGCCUGGAAAGUGUUCCUUUCCCUGGCUCCUCUGACUCCCUUUGGGAGCAGCAGAUCCCCAAAUC